CUCGGUUCAGCAAGUGCAGAGGAAUAGACCAUCAUCGGACCAUGUGUUUCAGCCGGAUCCCGCGCGAGCUGUGCGUUUCUCCGUGAUCUGCAGAGGAGAGGGCGUACGAAUGCGGUCCGUGGGACAAAACAUUCCUGUACUGGACUACACCGCCGUAGACGCACAGCGUCCAUUCGCCCCGUUAUGUCGCGGAGUCCGUGCGUCUGUCCCCCUCUGCGGAACACUCGUCCUCGGACAUGCACCGCUUUCGUCCAAGUCGCCCUCCCCCGGCUUCCCACCUACCUCUGAUGCGGACGCGACGUACUCGACCAACAGCACCGAAUCCUCCUGCUAUUGUCACGGUCGAGCCAGCUGGCAGCGUAGAGAACAGAUGUGCUGUGGCUGCACAUUCGGGCUCCGACACGACCACGCGGCCAACACCGACGCGCGUCCAAGCCUCCGGUCGGAAUCGGGCAGACAAAUUCUCUCAAGCCAAUUGUCGAGCACGUUUCGGCAGGCGGCAGACCGUUAUUAUCGAGUCCAAAGUGCGCGUGCAUCUCCUUUCCGGCAACAGCCAUCAUCUGGUACCUAGAUUGCCACCGAUCGUGAAGAUCGCGUGGCGAUGGAUGGUCUCUAUGCCCCCAACAACAAGGCCUACCUUAUCCGGAAGCCACAACGCCUGCCUCGACGCGGGCCUGUACGCGACUCCUGCACCGCACAGUGCGGGGGCGAUUACGUUCUGCGCACCCGCGAAUGACUACCUGGCCAAGCUCGAGGCUGCUGCACCUUCGAGCCCGCGUCACCAGACCCAUCCCUCCGAGGCCUUCGGCUCUCCAUCCUCUGCCGACCGCAAGUGUGUAAGCCGCCCGACCGGAUUUCCAGCCUCCGCGUACUCGGAGUCGCAGCUAGCGAGCCUCGAGGAUACUAGGAUUGCAUAGCCGUACCCCGCCCGACCUCGCCGCCUGGGGCGACUUGGCCGGCUUAGCACAGCAUUCCGUCCUCGUCGCGCGAUGCGGUGCCGGGCCCACAUGCCUCUUUCGUCGUUCACAUCCUCGAGGCAUCUGUUCUAUCUUCUGUGGGGCGACCAGCGCUUCUGUUGCGCAUGCUGAUGUCCAGGACGAGGUCUCCGGACGACCAAUGCGGGGCGAGAUGGUGACGCAGCACAGUGGGCAGAGGGGCGGGCUCAGUCGACUCGUGGGCGUACUCACGCGGGAACCUCGAGCUAGCUCGUUCUUAA